AAGGGAGCCUUGCCAAGUCUCACCAACUCACCAAUUCACUCAAGGAGUUAUCACCGUGUCACUCCAGUCCACCAACACACAUAAGAGUUCUCACAGAGUCACUCCAGUCGCUCCGAUCCAGUCCUGUGCUGUGCGGAAAUGGAAAACGGAGAAAAGGCCACCGAAGACCCUCAGAAGCAAGAUGACAAGGAUGACAUUCCAAAACAGGAGGAUGGCAGCGCCGAAUCUCACCCAUACAUGGAUCCAGGCGCAGACGAGUGGGACGAGCUGUCAAAGGAGAUCAUGGCCAGGCAUUUCCGUCCGACACUGAUCACGUUGCAGGCCUGGGAGGGCUACAAGUUCGCCGGCAUAGACAUCAAAAUAUCCGAGUCCAAUGACUUGUACGGAGCUGUGCUGUGGCCGUCGGCCAUGGUGUUGUGCCAUUUCCUUGAUGCUCAUCGUGAGGAGCACAACCUGGUGGACAAGAACAUCAUCGAAUUAGGAGCUGGAACCGGUCUUGUCUCCAUAGUAACAAGUCUUUUAGGAGCAAAGGUGACAUCCACUGACCUACCAGAGAUCCUGGGGAACCUUCGGUACAAUGUCAACCGCGCAACAAGAAAUGUCUGUCGUCACCCUCCCAACGUGAUGGAGCUGAGCUGGGGCAAGGACCUGGAGAAGCGCUUCCCCCAGGCCUCCACUCACUUUGACUACAUCAUGGCGGCCGACGUGGUCUACGGGCACCCAUUCCUCGACGAACUCAUGGAGACGUUUGACCACUUGUGCAGGGACGACACGAUAAUAUUGUGGGCAAUGCGCUUCCGCCUGGACAAAGAGAACAGGUUUGUGGGCCGCUUCCAGAAACUGUUCCAUCUCACGGAGCUGUACAACCUGCCCGGCCUGAAGAUUAAACUCUAUAGCGCCACCAGGAAAUUUGUGUUUCCUAAACCCAUGAAGAAUACAUAUUUGUGCUAUUAUGAGAAGCAUAUUCACACCAAUAGGGGCAUGAUGAAGAUCCAAACGUUUCAGGACGGGCAUGUUGUGGUGAACGGCACACACAAGGCACAGGAAACAGGAAGUCAUGUGGAUGUGAAUGACACCUGCGGAAAUGGAGAACUACCAGGCAAAGACACACAGAUACAGGAGACCGAGAGAAGUGAAGCAGAGACGACACAUAAGACUACAUGGACACCAAGCAUCAUCUACAGAACAGAAAAGGAGAUCUACAACUUCGCUGGUCGUGAGAUCUCCAUUUAUGAGUCGUUGGAUUCCUAUGGCUCUGUGAUCUGGCCAGGGGCAGUUGCUCUGUGUGCGUACCUGGAGACACCAGAGGGGAAACAGCAGGUACAUCUGCUUGAUAAAUCCGCCAUUGAGAUCGGAGCAGGGACUGGUCUACUGUCAAUUGUGGCCACUCUACUUGGUGCCAAGGUUACGGCUACUGACCUGCCAGAGAUUCUGGGGAAUCUGAAAUGGAACCUGUCACGGAACACCAAGUUCUGCUGCCGACAUCCUCCGCAAGUAGCCACUCUCUCCUGGGGUCAUGACCUUGACAGCGCGUUCCCUCGCUCCACACAUCGCUAUGACUACGUGCUGGCAGCUGAUGUGGUCUACCACCACACAUUCUUACACGAGCUACUGGUCACCAUGAAGCAUCUCGUGCAGUCGGGCACAACCCUGAUUUGGUCCAACAAGAUUCGCUACCAACGUGACUUGGGAUUCGUGGAGGACUUCAAGCAGGCCUUCAACGUGACACUGCUGUCUGAAAAAGAUGGCAUUAGGAUAUACAAGGCCACAGCACGGGGGAUGGAGGAAGGUCUAGGCCAAAAGAUGCAGACUGAGGAGCACAUGCAGAAGAAGAACCUGACUGCAAAGACAGAAACACUUAACAGAACGGUAGACAAUAAGAAGCUGGACAGAAGUGCAGAGAGGAGAUAUAACAAUAGGGGUAUCUUUGAGACUAAAGAAGACGCAGAGAAUGUGAAAAUAAUAAAAUCGCUAUGUACGAAUCAUGACAACCAUCUGGGGGGCAAAGAUGAGACACACCAGCUGGAUCAAUAUAGCAGCACAGGAUCAGAAGAAUAUGUCGAACCAGAAGCAAGCAGUGGAGGAAGUUAUGACAUGGAAGAAUGCUUGAGUGAAGAUGAUGAUAGGGAUGAUGAUGAAGAGAAGGAGGAUGAGGAAGAGGAAGAGGAAGAGGAGGAUGAAGACUAUGUGGAAGGGGAUGAACAAUCAGGAGGUGAAAACGAUACCAGCGAUGGAACAGUGCAACCACAUGAAGCGGAGGAAGCUGUGGAGGUAUCUGAAAGAAGUGAAGCACAUAAUAGUACAUGGACAACACCAAGCAUAUUCUACAGACCAGAAAAGGAGAUCUACAACUUCGCUGGUCGUGAGAUCUCCAUUUAUGAGUCGUUCGAUUCCUAUGGUGCUGUGAUCUGGCCAGGGGCAGUGGCUCUGUGUGCCUACCUGGAAACACCAGAGGGGAAACAGCAGGUGCAUCUGCUUGAUAAGUCCACCAUUGAGAUCGGAGCAGGGACUGGUCUGCUGUCAAUUGUGGCCACUCUACUUGGUGCCAAGGUUACAGCUACUGACCUACCAGACGUUCUGGGGAAUCUGAAAUGGAACCUGUCACGGAACACCAAGUUCUGCUGCCGACAUCCUCCGCAAGUAGCCACUCUCUCCUGGGGUCAUGACCUUGACAGCGCGUUCCCUCGCUCCACACAUCGCUAUGACUACGUGCUGGCAGCUGAUGUGGUCUACCACCACACAUUCUUACACGAGCUUCUGGUCACCAUGACGCAUCUCGUCCAGUCGGGCACAACCCUGAUUUGGUCCAACAAGAUUCGCAUGCGAAGUGACUUGAGAUUCGUGGAGGAUUUCAAGCAGGCCUUCAACGUGACACUGCUGUCUGAAAAAGAUGACAUUAGGAUAUACAAGGCCACAGCACGGGGGAUGGAGGAAGAUUUAGGCCAAAAGAUGCAGACUGAGGAGCACGUGCAGGAGAGGAACGCAACUGUACAGGGGAAUAAAAAUGUUUGCACUAUGGAACAUUGUACUAUUGAGAGCAAGACAGAGGAAACAUCAGAAGAUUUAAGAGAUCGUCAGCUGGAAAUCAUUGCAGAGAAGGAAGUGCAGGAAGCUUCAAGGGAAGUUAUACAGAUCGAUGAACAUGUGCGGCAGGUGGAUACAACUGCAAUAGGGGAUAAAAACGUUUGUACUGUGGAAGAUGGUAUUCUUGAGAACAAGACCGAAACAUCAGAAGAACAUUUAGAUGAUAGCGUGGAAAGCACUGCAGAGAAGAAGGUACAGAAAGCCACACUUGAAUGUGAACAGACUGAAUAUGAACAUGUGCAGGAGAAGGAUGCAGCUGUAAUGGGGGAUACACAUGUUUAUGCAGUAGAAGACGGGUCUACGGAGAGCAAAACAGAAGCAUCAGAAGGUUUAGAAGAUAGCAUGCUGGAAAGCAAUACAGCGAAGAAGAUGCAGGAAGCCUCAAGUGAAAUGAUACAGAUUGAAGAUGAACACAUGCUAGAGAGGAACACGACUGCAAAAGGGGAUACAAAUAUUUGUCCUGUGGAAGAUGGUAAUACAGAGAGCGAGACAAAAACAUUAGAAGAUAGAAUAAGUUUCAGAGAUAGCAAGCUGGAAAGCUAUGUGAAGGAAACUUCAGGUGAAACUGAAGAUGAACGUGUGCAGAGGAAGGAUGCAACUGCAAUAAGGGAUACAAAUGCGUUUCCUCGUAUUAUGGAGAACAAGGCAGACAUAUCGUAUGAUUUAAAAGAUAGCAUUCAUGAAAGAAAGGCUGAAGUCAAACAUGGCGUGAACCAAAUUUCAAAUCGAAAGAGUGACAUGUGCGUCAUUGAAGAAAUGAUAACCAUGAAUAAAACAGAAACCAUAAGUGAAGACUUUGAAAAUAGCAAACGGGAAGAAAAAUCUGAGGACAAGCAAGCGACCAAAGGAGAAGGAAACGUGUGUCUCACUGAAGAUGUGAUGAUGACACACAACCAGACAGAAGUAUUAGAUGGCGAUUUUAAAGGUAGCACGCCAGACGGAUGCUCAGAACAGACAUCAGGGGACAACCAAACAUCAAAUGUAGAGGCACAUGUGUGUCCCAUUGAAAUGGGUAUAAUACCGAACAAGUUAACAGAUGCAGAUAUAGAUGCAGAUGACAAAUACAGGGACAACCAAAGUACCACAGAGGAGUAUAAUGUGUGCCCCACUGAUGAAAUGAUAACAGCUAGGAAGGCAGGAACAUUAUAUAAAAAUUCGGGAAGUAGCAACCUGGCUGAAAACAAAAAAGAAAACACAGACCACGGAGUUAGAGGAGUGGAGCAUACCAUGAAGAAUGGUUAUGAGAAUUGCAAUAUAAAUGAAAGCACAUUGCCAACAUCACCAGCUGAAGUUCUCGAAAAGGACAGAUCAAAUGUGAAAUCUCUGUGCAACCAGGACAAUGUUAAAGAGGUGGCUCGCGGGUCUGGUUCUGUGUCCAGUUCUGUGUACCCAGACAGUGAAAAGGAAACGCAUUAUUUUGUUGGAGGUGAUAUAACUGUGCGGUAUCCUCGCAGCUGGCAUGGAGAACAGUGUGGCUCAGCCACACUUGCUCUCUGUAAAUUCCUGGACAACAACAGAAGUCAGAUUAAUUUAAAGGGCAAGUCUGUGUUGGAGCUUGGAGCUGGCUCUGGUAUUGUGUCUAUUGUUGCCAGUCUUCUGGGGGCCUGGGUGACAGCCACCGACCUGUCCAGAGUCAUGGACACGCUGACCGAGAACUUGACCGCCAACACCAGGGGGCGCUGCAAGUACGACCCGCAAACCGACGUGCUGUGCUGGGGACAGGACCUGGCGCGCUCCUUCCCCACCUCCAUCUACCGCUACGACUACAUCCUGGCGGCCGACGUGGUGUACAGCCACGGCUACACGCGGGAGCUCCUGGCCACCAUGUGCCACUUCUGCCAGCGGGGCACCACGCUGAUCUGGGCACACCAGUUCCAACGUUACUCUGACCGCUCGUUUAAAUACCAAUUCAAAGACGCCCUCCACACGCGGAAGCUGAUGGAGGCAGGAGACGUGAAGAUCUACAUGGCAACGGGGAGAGGGAGAGGGCCCGGCUGGAGCACCAGACACUAUUAGGGGGAUCUGCUGGCCUGAUUGGAAUUAGAGGGUGGUGGGUUCGAACCCCACCCUGAGCAAGACACCGGACCUAACCCCACAUUGCUCCAGGGACUGUAACCAAUACCCUGUUCCUAAGUUAUUGGCGGGGCUAUUAGGGGUCUGGCGUAAUGGCUAGGGAGUUGGUGUCAGGAUCAGAGGGUGGUGGGUUUGAAUCCCUAACCAGUGCACAAUGGCUGGUGCCCAGAGACGAUUCUGGUAUCAGAUGAGGCCCCACACAAAAAUUUAAAUGAACGAACAUCUGAAAUACGUAAAUUGCUACAAUGCCAUUACUGUAGGUGUGAACUGUUGUUCACUCACUAUCUAGGUGACAAGAUUCUAAUGGCUUAAAGUUACACUGUGUAAGAUUUUUAGUUGUUCAUUUCCAGAAUUCAUGCUACCCAUUCACUAAUGUUACCCUUUUCAUGAAUACUUACCACCACCAUCCAAUUCUAAGUAUUCAUAUGACUGGAAAAAUUGCACUUUUCAUACAUGAAAAGGGGGAUCCUCUCCAUGGUCCGCUAUUUUGAAUUUCCAGAAAUAGCUAUUUUUAGCUGCAAAAAUGACUGUACUUGGGCCAUACUAGAAAAUAUUAGUUUAUUACUUAGUAAACCUUCAUGAAAAUAUCAAAUUUGGCAAUAGGCAAUACAGUUUCAAUGAGCAGCAUAGUUGCAGUACCUUUUUUGACAAUUUCCUGCAGUGUACCUUUAAGGGCCACAAGCGGCCUAGCCUGGCCUCUGCUGGGGCCUUUGAGUAAGGCAUCUAGCCCCACAUUAGAACAAAAGAACCAGAACCUGCAUACCAUUACCACAUGUCAAGUAAUACAAUUAUCUCUGUUAAAGCUCUAGUGUGCAACAUCUCAAAACAAAUGACCACCAUCAAUUUUAAUUAUUCUUAUUCAAUGAUUACAAGGACGGCCCCAUUGCUUAUUGGGUAGCAUGUGCUAGUGGUAAAUCAUUCAGAAAGGCUGUCCAAUCUGCACAUCCGUGCAGAUGCAAUGCAGUGUCAUGUGAAAAGUGUAAAUAAAGUAGUAGUAAUGCCAAAACAUUGGCUUAUGUGUGAAGUACCUAGGUUUCAAUUAAUAUUCUUGCUGUAAAUAGAGAACAUUGAUAAUUCUAUAAUACCGAUUAUAAUAAGGAAA